AUGAAGUUAGAUACGAGAGCCAUGCGCCAUCUGACGGCGGAGGACUGGCGAGUCCUGACAGCCGUAGAAAUGGGUAGUAAGAACCACGAAAUAGUCCCAACCCCAUUAAUCGAGAAGAUUGCCCGCCUCAAGGGCGGCGCCAGCGGCGUGCACAAAUCCAUCUCGGCCCUCGCCAAGGUCGGCCUGAUCGCGCGCAUGAAAGAAGCCAAAUACGACGGCUACCGGCUCUCCUACGGCGGGCUCGACUACCUAGCCCUACACACUCACGCCUCUCGCAAACACGUCUACAGUGUCGGCAGCCGCAUCGGCGUCGGCAAGGAGAGCGAUAUCAUGAUCGUCGCCGACGACACCGGGACCCAAAAGGUCCUCAAGAUCCACCGCCUCGGCCGCAUUUCCUUCCGCACCGUAAAGACCAACCGCGACUACCUGCGUAACCGCCAGUCCGCCUCGUGGAUGUAUCUGUCCAGGCUAGCCGCCAUCAAAGAAUACGCCUUCAUGCAGGCCCUGCGCGAGGAAGGUUUCCCCGUCCCCGAACCUAUCGCCCAGUCGCGCCACACCAUCGUCAUGACGUUGAUCGACGCCCCGCCGAUGCGUCAAAUCUCCUCAGUGCCAGACCCAGCCUCCCUCUACGCCGAGCUUAUCGCUCUCAUCCUCCGUCUAGCCAAGCACGGGCUCAUCCACGGCGAUUUUAACGAAUUUAACAUCCUUAUCCGCGAGGACAAGACCGACGACGACGAAAACCCCAUAACCCUUACACCGAUCCUAAUCGAUUUCCCCCAAAUGGUUUCCAUGGACCACCAAAACGCGGAGAUGUACUUUGACCGUGAUGUCGAAUGUAUCAAACGCUUCUUCUCCCGCCGCUUUCACUUCACCAGCACGACCCCAGGCCCGUUCUUUAGAGAUGCUAAGAAGACCGUCGGCCGCGAUGGAGUGAGAAGGCUUGAUGCUGUCGUCGAAGCCUCUGGGUUCACGAAGAAGAUGGCGAAAGACCUGGAGGUCGCUUUGCGGGAACAAGAGGCCUCAUCUGAAAAGCGCGGGGAGUCAGGGGAUGAAUCUGAAGAAGAGGAGGAAGAGGAAGAUCUGGAGGAGGAAGAUGAGAAUGAUGGCGACGAGGACGACGACGAGGGGCCCCAAGUGAUUGGUGAUGGAGUCCUGGAGAAUUCAGCAGGGUUAAAUAAAUUAACAAUAAAUGAUGGGACAUGA